UGACGGCGCAGCUGAUCAACAAUUACGCGCUGACGGGGGAGAGUGGAGAGUCGAUCAGUCGUGCUCGCCAGCUCGCGCUCAUCCGUGUUUAUCUGUCUUGCGUGCAUCUUUUUCGCCGCCGUAUCGUCGUCGGGGCGGAAGGCGAUCUCCUCGGCAGAAUCGUGCACGCGCAGCGGCACGUCGUCGACCUGUCAGUGCCAUAUGUACCUCGUCGACAACGGUGGUCGAUAUGUGGGUGAAGCCACAGGAGGUGUUGCUCGCCAAUGCGUUCUGGAUUACUGAGCAGGAAACUGUAUAUUUUGUUUUACAACGUCGCAAAGGACAUGGAAAAGCUAAAGGUCUCACUUCCAUACUGGUCGGCACGUUGGACAGCGUUUUUGACACUAAACCACCACCCUUCAGAAUUCUUCAUCAGACGCCGUCGUCGGAGGUUUAUUGGGAAGUGGCAUGUUCCUUAACUCACGAGGAGAUCUUGCAAGAUUGGGAAUGGCUGCAUUCGAAUCUAAUGACCACUCUCACGUCGUUCGAUACCGAGGAGGAGAUUACGGAAUUCGUUUGCUGCAAAAUCCAAUCCAUAAUAGCGAACAGCAUCCCGGAUUCUCAAUUUGCGGACGGUAGAAUCGAGGAGGACCCGGAAUCUUUCAAAACUGUGUCUUUCAAGUUCCACCAAUUGUUCAAUAUUCCCAAAGAGGAUAAAUUGGUCAAUUAUUAUUCCUGCAGUUAUUGGAAAUCUCGAUUACCCAGACAAGGAUGGCUCUACUUAUCCGUAAAUCACAUGUGUUUUUAUGCCUAUAUACUAGCGAGAGAGACAAAAUUAACCGUAAGGUGGACAGACAUCGUCGAAUUAAGCAAAACUAACUCCCUCCUAGUUCCGGACAGUAUACGUGUUGUAACGCGCGACAAUAAAGAGCAUUAUUUUUCUAUGUUUCUACAUAAAUCAGAAACGUAUUCGUUGAUGGAACAACUGAUCAAUAUUGCGAUGAAAAGGCUUAUUGAUGAAAAAAGUGGAUUCAAUGAAGAUAGAGACCUAUUGAAUAAAUUAAGCAAAAAUGUGCCUAAGAAGCCAUCUUUCUUGAAGAGGGAUCUCGAUGCGCGAGCGCACUCGGAAGCGUACAGGCUUCAAUUCAGAUUGCCGGGCAAUGAGAAGCUGGACGGUAGCGUCGAUGCAACGUUGUGGACUCCGUACAACAAAAGAUACGUCUGGGGGAAGAUAUAUCUAUCACAGAAUUAUCUCUGCUUUGACAGUAGGGUCAGGAGACAAGUCAGCUUGGUUGUGCCGCUCAGAGAGGUGACGCUCGUCGAGUCGGCGGAGAAUCAGUCCAACGCGGGCGCGGACAAGUCCAUACUGGUCACCACCGCGCGCUCGUCGUUCCUGUUCGCGCAGAUACACGACAGGGACUUCGUCGUGCAAAAAAUUUCCGAGCUCCUGGCGAGAUCCAAGCUUAAUUACAUAGCCAGGGACGGCGUGUGUUCCCCGAAUUCGUCGAGCAGCGGCAUCAGCAACUGCGAGGAAGUGAAGUGUACGGAAUGGAGGCCGCAGCCACCGUUGAUGACGCUGUUCAAGACCACGCUGAGCCCCGAGGCCGCGCUGAAGCAGGAGGCGAAGGAGAAGCAGUGGGAACUUCACUUCGCGGAGUACGGGAGGGGUCUCACGAUGUACAGGACUACGGAGACGGCGAAACUCGUCAUUCAGGGAAUUCCGCAGGCUCUCAGGAGCGAAAUUUGGCUUACCUUCUCCGGCGCCUUAAAUGAGAAGGCAAUGAAUCCAGAUUUAUAUAGGUCGCUGGUCGAGCAAUCCCUUGGUAAAUCGUGUCAAGCGAACGAAGAGAUUGAAAGGGAUUUGCACAGAUCGUUACCGGAACAUCCAGCUUUCCAAUCCGAUACUGGAAUCAGCGCGCUGCGGAGGGUACUCUCCGCUUACGCGUGGCGAAAUCCUCAAAUCGGUUAUUGUCAGGCGAUGAAUAUAGUAGCUUCAGUUUUACUAAUCUACUGCUCGGAGGAAUCAGCAUUCUGGCAGUUAUGUAACGUUUGCGAAUCGUUAUUACCUGAUUACUAUGAUCGGCGAGUAGUCGGCGCCCUCGUUGAUCAAGGUCUGUUGGAGGAGCUCGCUGCCGAGCAUUUGCCAAUUUUACACGCCAAGUUACAGGAGCUCGGCUUAAUUAAAGUUAUCUCGCUGUCUUGGUUCCUGACUAUAUUCCUAAGCGUAAUGCCGACCUGCAGUGCCGUGAACAUCAUGGACUGUUUCUUCUACGAUGGAGCGAAAGUGAUUUUUCAGAUAGCAUUGACAGUGCUGGAGUGGAAUCAAGACAAGUUGCUCAACUGCCGCGACGAUGGGGAAGCUAUGCAGCUGUUGACGGACUAUCUUGGUGGCGUUUACAACGAUGAGGGCCCGAUAUUUCCACGACCGGUUGACAGUACAUCACCCAAUAGGAGUAUAUCUGUCCAGACAUUAAUCUACGAAGCGUACUCGAGGUACGGAUCCCUGACGAUUGGAUGGAUAGAGAGAUUGCGGCUGAAGCACAGAUUGAGAGUGGUCCAGAGCCUCGAGGAUGGAAUCGAAAAGAACGUCAUCCGAAGCGUCAUUGUGGAUAACUACAUGAAAAUGGAGGAAUUGCAGGAAUUGUUGAGCCUGGUGAGGGAAGAGCUGAUGAGUCAACGGAAAUCCGAGCCCGAUCGCUACGAUCCGACUCAGCCGCCGUACGAAGCGUACAAAGUGGAUUUCGACUUGUUCAGGAUACUAUUCGGUGGCCUGUCCCCGUGGGGAAAGUGCACCCAAGCUGAAUCUCUUUCCGCGCGAUUAUUCCGCCUGAUGGACCGCAAUCGUGACGGGCUGCUGAACUUCCGGGAGCUGGUGCAAGCCAUAGGAAUGACAGCGACAGCCGACUUGACGCAACGACUGAAGCUGUUGUACACGUUGCACCUACCGCCGCUUCUCACGCCUGCUGACUUCGAGUCACCGACGCAUUCCGCGGACGGUGCCGAGAUGGCAGCGGAAGCUACGGAUUUCUUCGACAGCAUGGAGCAGAGCGUGGCCUCGCUGGAGAUGCCGGUCAGCGUGGCGGAGGAACCUACCGCGGGCACCCUGUCGCGAUCCACGAGCCUCAACAGCCAGCAGGGUGACCAAUCGUGGGAGAUCCAGAGCAUGGGCAGCCUGCGCUCGAUGAUCGCGUCGAAGGACAGUCCGCUUGACCUCAAAACCGUGCCAAAAAUGUCUCAGGGACAUUUCAUAGCGUUGUGGAAGACCCUCUACGACAUGUUCCCCGCGCAGCCCGAGGAACAGGAGACGUAUCAUUGUAUCGCCUCCAUAGGUACCCUCCUGCUGCAACUGGGAGACGUCGGCAAGAAGUUCUAUGUGGAGAGAGAGGAAUCGGAAGACAGCUUGCUUCUGGCUGCUUCCGCGGCUCAACAGGCCUCCUCGGUUGUCGAGAGGUCACCCGACCGUAACGGAAACCCACCGAGCAUAACGUCGUCCGCCGAUCCCGACUGGUCGAUAACCGUCGAGCAGUUUCUGGCGUCCGCCUUGACCGGCCAGGCGAUAGUGGACUUCUUCAGCAAGCGGGCCAAUCUGAUGGAAGCUAUGACGACGCUGAAGAAUCGAAGGUUCAAUCGAGUCCAUUCCCUGUCGGACACACCGACUCUGAACGGAUGACACGCGGUGAUUAACGUGUAAGAGAAUAGCAACACUUUUUUCCUAUAAACGGCUAUAGAUAGAUUGACGGAAAAGUGGACGGAAAAUUAUUUCAGGGUAUUCAUACAUUGCUGUAUUAAUCAUAUCUUUAUUUGAGAAGAUAUAUUGCAAAAAUAAUUCAUCAUACGGUGCAUACAAUCGCGCGCGCGCGCGUGUGUGUGUGUGUGUGUGUAUAUAUAUAUAUAUAUAUAUAUACGUGCAAUUAUUAUUUUAGUACACGCGAUUCGCGUCCUAACGAUACGAUUUAUUUCAUAUCAUAAUAAUAACUGUUUUCCAUUCAUUUUUGAAAAUUUUCUGACAUCGCGGCAUAUGUUUAAUAUUAAUAUUGGCCUAUCUUAAUAAUCGUGUGUCUGGAAAGUGUGCGCGUCGGCGAGAUAAAUACUCAGGGUAAAAUUUUGCAAGCAGUUCCAGUACUUUAAGAUUAUCUACGCGAGAAUUUUCAUACAAUUAAUAAAUUGACGCGACGCAUAAAUAUUCCUAAGGACUUAUAUGGAAGUACCAUACAGUGAAACGUUUUCCAGACACACUGUUAUCUCGGGAAAAUUAUAUCAAAACGAUAACGAGGAACGUGUGUAGUGAUAAGUAUUGAACAUAUGUCUAUAGGCUCGUUACAUUCUAAGCUUGCUUUAUAUCGUUAAACAUUGUUAUUGCAUAUAAAUAUUAUCAAGCAUUGACAUAUUUUUUAAGUAUUACUUGCUUAAUUAUUAUUAAGAGACAAACGAAACUCUUGAAUAUGAAAUUGAAGGUUUAAAACUUGCUUAGAGCGGUGCAUCCAUGUAAAAAAUUAUAACACAACGUUGCGGACCUAGCGAAGUAGUGAGGAGAAAAUUUACUCUUUCUUCAGAAACAAUUUCAUAUUGCAAACCUUUGCUUAUAUCCAUGGCAAAUUCUAGCAAAAAGAAAAUACCUCGAUAUGAAUAAUAGUAAUCUCAAGCAUGUUAUCUCAAAUGAGCGCAAGUAAACAUGCAGAAGAUUUUCUCUUAUAAAUCAUAAUUGCAACAUUAAAAUUUGCAUGAACUUUUUAAGCUUUUUUUUUAAGCAGAAAGAAGCAUAGAAUUAAUAAAAUUUACUUUAUUCAAUCAACUUAAUAUACGUAAAAAUAAAUCAAUCUGUAUGUGUACUCAAACGAGAUAACAUACCGUAAUUUUGAUAUGCAGUAUUACCCGACCCUCGAUUGUUGCCUUCCAAUAAUUCAUUUGUAAAAAUAUUAGAAGUUAUGAUUCUCUGUGCAAUUAUAUCCAGUGUAUAAGCCAGAAAACUCUCAUUCGAUGGAAAGAAAACAGAUUAACGAGAGAAAGAAAAAUGUUCUUGAAGUCUCUAUAAUACAAAAGCUUUUUCGGUCUAUUCAACUUCCAACUUAUGUAUACACAAGAUAACAUAAAACGAAGUAAUCUGAAAAAAACAGCUUUAGGAACAACCAUAAUCGUAGGAAAUUGUAUCGUACAUAAGAUUAUCUAAACACAUUAGCCUCUCUUUCUUAAAAGGAUUUCGUGAAAUAUUCGAUAAUCCGUGAUAAAGCGCUGAACAACUUCGUCCCCUUCUGGAUAAAAGUAUUGAUACAUACAUAUAGAAUUUAAUCGAUCGGAGUCUAAUCGAUCACGAUUCAUCGAGAACGGCCAAUUUCUAUUUGUAUAUGGCACAACGCAAUUAUAUACAUACCUUAGCGAUAAUUUUUAUUUUUAUAUAACUAGUAUUUUUUUUCACGAGCAUAAUUUUAUGAGCGUGAUGCGCGAGCGGUACUAUAUAUGUACAUGGCAUCGGACCUGUGUAGACGAAUCUUAUUAUACAUCAAUGUAUUAUAUGUGUAUAUAAAUAUAUUUCAUACUUAUAA